AUAAUUACUAUUUUCUUUUUAAAGUGACAAUCGUCUUAUUUAUUGAGCCAUUUUUUUGACAAAACAAUUUUUUUUCUUUUCACUUCUGCAGAGAAAAUAGGAGCGACGGUGGAGAGAGAGAGGACAAUAACAAAACAAAUGCAUGUGACGCCAAUCAACACCAUACACGACGUAUUAAUUGUUUAAAGUAAAAGACAACAGUACCCCUACCGGCACACCGACGCGACUUCGUUGCCCACAUGUCCGCUGGGCAAUUAUUUAGCGCGGUCGUCGGGUUGGUGUCAUGGUAAAUCCAGUAAACAUCAGGGGUAUAACCGUCAAUCCGUAAAAUUGUCUUUUUCUCUCCGUCCGCCUCCUCUAAAUUGCUUUUUUGGCUGCACUGAGAAAUCAGAAUCCUAAAUUUUUCUUUGGGAGAUCAAUUUUAGCUGUCAAAUUUUGAGUUCUUUUCCUUAUCUUUGCACUUAUUAGUAUACAUUUCGUUUUGUCUAGUCAAGAAAAAUCUAAGACUUUUUAAUCCUCCCUUGUCUUCUGGAAAUCUGGGAGGAUUUUAAGGUUCUUCUUGUCCAAAAAUUAAAAAAAUUGCCAAUUGUGGAUUGUGUAUCAUUCAUUGUCAUCAUCUAAUCUUCUUCUUCUUCUACUUACGAGUUUGGAGAAGUUAUCCGCCAUUGAAGCAUUUAAAAUGCCGGAGAAAGGAAUGAUUUUCCCGCCGGUACCGAGCCAAUUGGUGAUUUUACGGCCAAGCCCUCUUCUUCAAUGGCGGCUUGGUGCUCUUACAGCACUCGUCUGCUUCCUUAUGUUAGUCGUUUGGAGUAUUGACGGUUGUUCGAUUCAAAGCUUCGUUCAGCCAUGGAGAUUCAAUGCUUACUCUGUUCGAAUCAGUCCUUCUCCGUCGCCGUUUAUGUCAACGAAACCCAAUCUAGUAUCAGAGAAACCUCACCGCCAAAAUCUCACCUUGAUGAUGGCUCCACGAAAUCUGGUUCCGAAGAAGACGAAUCUCACUUCAAACUCGACCCGGGUCCAGUUCGAGUGGAUAACCGCUGGAUCUCAGAAGAAUUUCACGGCGAAUUUGAUGAGAGGUUGGUUGGCUCCGGGAGGAGCGCCGUGUAGAGAAGCGAAGACCGUCGAGAUUUCAGUUCCCGGUGUCGACGGGAUUGAUUCUGUGGAGUUAACCGCCGGAGAGAUUCAUGAAUUCAAAUUUCAAGCCAUAGACGAAUCUGGAAAAAACGUUUGCAUUGGUGGGGACUAUUUCGAGACUGAUAUAUCCGGCGAGAACUGGAAAUCGAGACCACCGGUGAAAGAUUUCGGCAACGGAACUUACUCUUUCUCUUUACAGGUUCAUCCUGAGUUCGCCGGAGAUUUCAAUCUCACCGUCAUUUUACUCUUCCGUCAUUACCAAGGUCUUAAGUUUAGUACCUCACGUUUAGGCUUUGACCGAAAGCUUCGCAAUGUUAGAUUACGCUUUGUUAAGACGCCUGACGUUACUCUGCCGGAGCUCCGGUCAUGUAAAAAAUCUGAUUUUAACAGAGAUGCUUGGUCUGGACGAUGGACUAGGCUUGGGAAGAAUGAUGAGUGUCAGAUUAGCAAUGACGGGCGUUACCGCUGCCUCGCUGCGGAUUUCCCUUGCCGGAAACCGUGGUGCGACGGUGCGGUUGGAGCUAUAGAGAGUAAUGGUUGGGUUUACUCUAGCCAUUGCUCUUUCAAGCUCUUCUCUGCGGAAAAGGCUUGGGAUUGCUUGAAAGGCAAAUGGAUUUUCUUCUGGGGAGAUUCGAAUCAUGUUGAUUCGAUCAGAAACUUGCUGAAUUUCGUCUUGGGUCAUCCUGAAAUCCCCGCUGUCCCGAGGAGGUUCGAUAUGAAGUUUUCGAAUCCGAAGAACCCUUCGGAGACUGUUAGGAUCACGAGUAUCUUUAACGGUCAUUGGAACGAGACCAAGAACUAUCAGGGCCUUGAUUCGCUUAAAGACAGGGACUUUAGAGAAUUGCUCAAGAAGUACUUCAACGAAGAAACAAACCGUGUUCCCGACGUGAUGAUCGUGAACUCGGGUCUACACGACGGGAUUCACUGGACUAGUCUUAGAGCCUUUGCGAAAGGUGCUGAAACCGCAGCUGCGUUUUGGAGAGAAGUUUUUGACGGGGUCAAAAGCAGAGGAUUGCAACCGCCAGAAGUGAUUUUCAGGAACACAAUCGCGACAGGCGGGUACGCGAGAAUGCUAGCGUUUAACCCGAGCAAAAUGGAGGCGUUUAACGGAGUGUUUCUCGAGAAAAUGAGGGAUGCGGGAUUGGUCACGAGCGUAGUUGAUAACUUCGAUAUGACGUAUCCGUGGCACUACGAUAACCGUUGCAACGAUGGAGUUCAUUACGGAAGAGCUCCAGCGAAAAUGCGGUGGAGGGACGGUGAGAUUGGACAUCAGUACUUUGUGGACUUGAUGCUCGUUCACGUAUUGCUGAAUGCAUUGUGUGUAAGAUAGAUGUGGUAAAGUUUGGUAAUUAGGAAGAGUCACGGAUUCUUUGUUUAUGUGUAGACUUAAUUUUUUUGAAGUAUAGAUUAUUAUUAUUUGGGAAAACUCAACUCAAGCUUGAGUUAUAUUGUAUAAUAGCAAGAGAUUGGAGCAACAAUAGUGUACUAUAUGUAUCUGGUUGACAUUUUUCUGAUAAUGAUAAUUUUGAAUUCUUGGAUGAU